AUGUAUUGCUACGUUGUUUGAGUCAUUUAGCUGCUGACACGAUGACUGUUGGAUCUUGGGAGUGUACGAUUAUCAAAUUGGGAGAUGCAGCAUACCACGAUAUCCUGGCUUCGGCUGGGCUUGAAAUAACCCUUUUGCUGUCCUCCGCUCUUUGCAUCAGUGGCUUCCUAGGUUUGGGCGAGGGCAUGUGUGGAGCUAUGGCAAUGAGAUGUGUGUCUACGUGAAAGCACAUGUAGAGAGAGUCGUUUUGGAAUUCGCAUCUAGCGCAUUGCGCAUUUUUUGAAUUUUCGCCUCCUUCCAGGGAACUUGAUUUUUACCCGCUGGCACUGACGUCUUUUAUUGGUCAGCCGGUUAGCG